AUGGAAAAGCAGAGUUGUCAUGAGAAGUUUAUCGAGCAGGGACAGCCAUUGAUGGCUGAGGUGGAGGAUGCUACAAAUCACGAACAUGAGCUGAAGCUUCUGGAAGCCGUUCGGCUGUAUCCCAAGGCUGUUGCGUGGAGCGUCAUGAUGUCCACAGCGCUGAUCAUGGACGGCUACGACCUCAAGUUGAUUGGGUCCUUGUUCGCACAACCGGCCUUCAACGAGACAUACGGCGAACUGCGACCGAAUGGCAAAUACGUGAUAUCUGCACCGUGGCAGUCUGGCCUGAACAAUGGCUCGAAUGCUGGCCAGAUCAUUGGGCUCAUGCUAUCGGGCUAUGUGGUCGAGAGGAUUGGUUUUCGAUUCACCAUGAUGAUUGCGCUUUCCGUCGUCCUACCUCUCAUCUUGAUCCAAUUCUUCGCCUCCAGUCUCGGAGCUCUCGCAGCGGGACAAGUCUUGAUCGGUAUUCCUCUUGGCAUGUUUCAGACCGUCACCUGCGUCUACGCCAUUGAAGUCAUGCCAACCUGUCUUCGCGCAUAUCUCACGAGCUACGUCAAUUUGUGCUGGCUCUUCGGACAACUGAUUGCGAGCGGCGUUCUUCGUGGAACCUUGCAGCUGUCUGCACCUUGGGCAUACCGAGCACCAUUUGCUGUACAGUUAUUUUGGCCACUUCCGCUCCUGAUCGGCGCCUUUCUUGCGCCGGAGAGUCCUUGGUGGCUUGUUCGACAACGGCGCAUCGAUGAAGCCAAGCUUUCAGUAAAACGCCUGACAUCAAAGACAUCAGUCAACUUCGAUCUGGACAAGCAUGUGGCCUUGAUCCGCGCCACGACCCAACAUGAAAGACGACUCAAGGACGAGACGCACUUCGCCACCUGUUUCAAGAGCACCGACCUUCGCAGGACUAUCAUUGUGAUUGGAUGCUACUGCAUGCAAGUCAUUUCGGGUAGUACACUGCGAGCAUACGCAACCUACUUCUUCCAGCAAGCUGGGCUGGCCACGAAUCAGGCCUUCAAUAUGUCGAUAGUGGUGUACGCUAUCGGCAUUGCAGGAGUUGUAUCUUCGUGGUUUUUCAUGUUCCGCGUUGGUAGACGGACGCUCUUUCUGAUCGGCCUGAGCUGUUUGGCUGUUGUGUACUGCAUCAUCGGCGCACUGGGGAUUGCUCAAGCUUCGCAUCCAUCACCUGGGCAAGCUUGGGGCAUUGGAGCGCUGCUGCUCUUGUCGUCGUACGUCGCCAAUUCGACGAUUGGAGCAGUGUCGUACACAUUGGUAUCGGAGAUGCCUUCGUCAUUACUGCGCAGCAAGACGGUGGCAAUAGCGAGAGGCUGUUACGCGGUCAUCAACAUUGGUGCUAAUGUCAUUACACCGUACAUGCUCAACUCGACGGCUUGGAACUGGCAGGCUCAGGCCGGCUGGUUCUGGGGAGGUGCUUGUGGGCUCGGCCUGGCUUUCAGCUAUUUCGUCAUCCCGGAGUCCAAAGACAGGACGAUUGCCGAGCUUGAUCUGUUGUUCGAGAGGAAGAUAUCUGCUCGAAAAUUCGCGACUACACAGGUAUCAGUCGCCGGAUUGACAGGGCAUCGUGAUUAA